CUUUGUCCCACGUUGUGAUAAGCAGACAGCGGGGGCGUGGUCUCUGACGUCACUUGGGCUGAACCGUACUACAGCACUAGUCUGGCUGGAUGUCUGACUCAGCCACGCAGGUUGUUUGGGAAUAUAUUUUAAACGCAUGUUUUAACUAAACAGACUAUAAAUGUUCGUUCGUUCCUCUUAUGUUGGACUACGUGCAUCUUGUAUUUCGGGCAGUCUGGGGAAGUGCGGCAGUAGGUUUUAAGGUCUUUAACAAGAAGAUGACCAAGGCUCUUGCUCAGUCAUUUGAUAAAUAGACUGGCAAUGUCCAUGCUAGUAUCUUUCUGACCACACCUGCUAAUGGACUGAGAGGUUACUUCAAUAAAUGUUUCAUUUCUAUAUGUGGACUGGUGCCAAUGCUGCAGAAAAGCCCAACGUCCCGAUUUCAGGUCACUGUGUCCCCAAAUUUGUGCUAUCACUGUCCUGCACCAUCAACCGCCUGUUCAUCCCUCGCUUCAUGGGGCUGUUUUUGCUUUCUCUGACUCUGUUUUAUAUCUUACCACAGACUGCUAGAAUUCGUUUCAAGUAAAUUUGUACUUUUUAUUAAUGGACCAAAUCUAGAACUGCGCAAUAACGGCCUCUGCCCUACAUAUGGUACUGUUGGAGUUUUAACCCUUACAAGAAACUAAUGUCACUGAGCUCUCAGGAUUUAACCCAAGGACUUUCCAAGUGAGUUAGCACUCAGGAUUCAAACGACGAACUUACAUCCAGGUCAUUUUUAAAUAAACAUCAAACACAGAAAACCCUCUGAGCUCAUGUAAAUAACAAAUCAUGAGCUCUGACAGCUUCCAGUACCGUGCACUGUUCGAGUACAAACAGGAGAGGGGUGACGAUAUCUCCCUGCAGCCUGGCGAUCUCCUCACGGUCAGUAAGAUGGCACUGCUGACGUCUGAUUACCAGGAGGGUGACGAGAAGUGCCCAAAGGGCUGGCUGCAUGGCACCAAUGAACGCACUAAGGAGAAGGGCAACUUCCCUGGCACCUUUGUGGAGUAUGUUGGGGUCAUGAGGACGAGCCUUACUUCAGGGAAGCCCUGGCCGAGACCUGUACCGCCAACACCUGUAGGGCCUCAGCCCCCGGGGGCCUCUGCUUCAGAGGGCCCCUGUGGAAAGGGAGAUGUUGUAGAGCAGUGCGCUCUGCCUGACCAGACCCCAGCUGUGGUGCUCAGGCUGACGGAGGCUCUAGAGAGACUGGACUGGGAGAAUGAGCCACUGUACCGGUCUGGCCAGACCUCCAUUGGACCACCGGAAUUACUUCAGGCUUUGGAAACAGAUCCAACAGCGGUGGACUUUGAGCAAUAUGACUUGUCAAUUUUGGCUGAUACUCUUAGGGGUUACAUUCAGGAAUUGCCCUGCCCACUCAUCCCAGCUGUAGUGUACAGCGAGCUGGUCUACACUGCUCAGGAGACCCAAAGCAUGGAGGAGUGUGGACAGCAGCUGAAAAGAAUCCUUGACUCCCCCAGUGUCCCUCAGGCUAACCACCAGCUCCUGGUUCACCUGACCCGACACCUAAGCAAGGUGUCUGAAAGUCGCGGAGCAGCUCAGGCAAGCCCCAGGCUUCUGGCUCUGGCCUACAGUGAGGCCAUCUUCAAAAACAACCACUUCAGUGCGGAUGUAAACCCAGAACACCAUGUGAAGAUUCUUGAGGCACUUAUCAUGGUUGGAGGCCUAGUGGAGAUACAAGCUGCUCCAGCUCUUCCUCCCAAGCCAACAAAACCCAUGACACCAGUAAACGGCAACGGUGUGAAAGAAGCCACCAGUGGCUCAUUGCAAGAAGCAGAAUGGUACUGGGGAGACAUAUCAAGGGAAGAGGUGAAUGACAAACUGAGAGACAUGCCCGAUGGUACUUUCCUGGUACGGGACGCCUCAACCAAGAUGCAGGGAGAUUACACGCUAACGUUAAGGAAAGGUGGAAACAAUAAGCUAAUAAAGAUCUACCACCGAGAUGGGAAGUAUGGUUUCUCAGACCCGCUCACAUUCAGUUCAGUGGUGGAGCUCAUCAGUCACUAUAGGCAUGAGUCACUGGCCCAGUACAACACCAAACUGGACGUUAAGCUCAUGUAUCCGGUCUCCCGCUUCCAGCAGGAUCAGCUGGUGAAAGAGGACAACAUUGAUGCAGUGGGAAGGAAACUCCAGGAAUAUCACAAUCAAUAUCAGGAGAAGAGUAAAGAAUAUGACAGACUCUAUGAGGAGCACACGAAAACCUCACAGGAGAUCCAGAUGAAACGUACUGCAAUAGAGGCCUUCAACGAGACCAUUAAAAUUUUUGAAGAACAAUGUCACACACAGGAACGCUACAGUAAAGAAUACAUUGAGAGAUUCCGCAGAGAGGGCAAUGACAAAGAGAUUGAGAGGAUCAUGAUGAACUACGAGAAGCUCAAAUCCCGUUUAGGCGAAAUUCACGACAGUAAGACCCGGCUUGAACAGGACCUGAAAACGCAGGCUCUGGACAACAGGGAGACGGACAAGAAAAUGAACAGCUUAAAGCCAGAUCUAAUUCAGCUCAGAAAGAUUAGAGAUCAGUACCUUGUUUGGCUCAAUCAUAAAGGUGUUCGACAGAAACGAAUAAACGAUUGGCUGGGGAUCAAAAACGAGAACACGGAUGACACCUACUUCGUCAGUGAGGAGGAUGAGAAUCUGCCACAUUACGAUGAGAAGAGCUGGUUUGUAGGGGACCUGAACAGAACACAGGCGGAGGACUUGCUACAUGGCAAACCUGACGGAGCCUUCCUUAUCCGCGAGAGCAGCAAGAAGGGCUGUUAUGCCUGCUCUGUUGUUGUGGACGGCGAGGUGAAGCACUGCGUCAUCUACAGCACACCCCGCGGCUAUGGUUUCGCAGAGCCCUACAACUUGUACAGCACUCUGAAAGACUUGGUCCUGCACUACCACCAGACCUCACUGGUCCAGCACAACGACUCACUCAACGUGCGGCUGGCGUACCCAGUGUAUGCACAGAUGCCCUCAGGCCCCCGGAGAUGAAGACUCGCCCCCCAAAAAUAAACUCUCUAGACUCAUGGGAGGGUGUUCUGAACAACAACAACAACAACAAAAAAACAUGCUAACAAAAAAAAGAAACACUUGCUGCAACACACACGUCAGCCACCUUGGAGUUAUAUAUUUUUACAAGAACAAUUUGGAGGGCAUUCUUUCUAAAGACUGCUUGAUUUGCACAAGGAAGUUUUAAAUGUUUGUGAAUGUGAAAAAAAAAAAAAAAAAAAAAAGCAGAAGGAAGCAGAGGAGGCGAGUUUCAGGUGACCCGCGCUGCUACCUAAACUCCAGCUGGGACUUUUUUUUUUUUUUUUUUACAUGCUCCAUUUUAGCUUUUAGCUUUUUUUCUUCCAUCUUCCUGCCUCUUUUUUUUUUUUUGUUUGUUUCUCACAUCCUUCCAUUUUUCAGUGUUUUUUUUUUUUUUUUUUUUUUUUUUUUUCCUUUGUAUUGUCUUUGCAUACUUCUUGACUAAAUGUAAGGCAGGAAAAAUAUUUAGUUUAUUUAAAUUUCUCCAUCUCUGUCUCUCUGUGUUUAAAAAAGGCAAAAACUAUGUAGCAAACAGACGACUAACACUUUCCAGAGUGUUCUCACAGUGACUGCUGCUGAAUGAGGGAUUGUGAGAUGGUUUGGGAGGGCACAAGUGAAAAUGUGUUGUAGUCUUAAAAACAAAAGCUUGUUUUAACACUAACCUAGAGGUGUUUAUUAUUAUUUAUUUUUUUUCUCCUUGUUUUCUGUUUGGCUGGAUAAAAAAUGUGUCCUUUCUGAGCAGUUAAGAUUGUUACAGUUCAGUGCAGAGACCAAAGUUGGCAUGGGGAGGACCUUUUUUUUUUUUUUUUUUUUUUUUAAUUUGGCUUAUAUUAAUUAAGUGGAAAGAUGCGCAAAAUACACGUUUGCAAACUACGCAAAAUAGAUUGCUUCUGUGUCCUGUGAAUGGAAGCUCUUGUUUUGUUUUUUGUUUUUUUAAAGAACCAAAAUCGCAUGCACAGACACAGUCGACAUAAAGCACUUAUAUAGAAAUAUGACCGCUGCACGUUUGUACACCAAAUUUGAAAGAACAAUUAUUCAUGUGUGGUUUUUAACUAAUGUGGCAUCUUAAUACUUAAUGUCUGAUCUAGAACAAUUGGAUUUGUGUAACUGUCAGACGUUUAAGAAAAAGUUCUUCAGUAAGCGGGAGCAGCGUUAGAGCAAAUGUGCUUUAGUACGUAACUUGAAAAAAAGUGCAAUCCAGCUUUUGAUGGUAGAGAAGUGGUCUGUCAGAGAGAUACACAAACUGCUCUCAGUUGCAUCAAAAAGCGAUAAUCACUUGAACCUUUUGAAGAAUUUCCUUUAAAAAAAAAAAUCCCCUUUAUUGCCUAGUGCUUCUCUUUUUUUUUUUUAGCAGGUUGGCUCGUUCUGUAUCAGAAAAGAGAAAGUACACUUUUCAUUGUUUGGCUGCCUGUUGGUUUUAAUGUCGCACAAUAAAACCUUUAUGAAAAUAUAUUCACAGCUAUAUGCACAAUAUUCACUGUUGGUACGUCAGUUAUGUCACUUCCUGUUUCUUGUUGGGCUUCUGGCAUGCAGGUGUCCAGUUGAGAAUUCACAUUGUUAUUUUCCUUUUGCUCUCACAGUUUCCCCCUUUUUAAAAUUUGGUUGUAUGUUGCAAGAGCUACAGCAGACUGCUACAGUUUUACAGGCCAUUGACCAGCACUGACAGCCAGUGGAAUUCACCCUGAAACCACCCAACUCACCCCUCAAAUCACAGCAUUAAAACAAUAAACAGUAUAUAGAGGGAACUGAAUUCAACUGAAUGACAUUAUUUGUCAAAAUACUCUCAUGGCUUUAUUGUAACUAUUUUAUGUUUUGACGCAUUGCGGUGAAUUUGUCUGCUUACGGUCAAUUGAUAGUUGGUUACUUUUUCAUGUGAAUCAAAUUGUACAAAUUCAUAUGCAAUCGCCAAAGCAUAAAAUAGUUAUUUUCUCAUGAGACCAGGUUGUUAUUAGUUUAUAAAGUGUUUACUGUGUUAUUUGAGAAGGAAAACCAGGUGAAGUCUUCUGGUGGAUGGUUAGAGGGUGAGUUUGAUGAUGAUGGGCCCAAAUAGAAAGGGCAUUCAGUCAGAUCAGCUGUUGAGAUAAACUUAAAACCUACAAUCCUAAUGAAAACCACAUGCAGACAGGGCAACUGAUGGAGGGUUUUACCAUCCAAUAUUCAUUUCAGUUGCUCUUCCUUUUGCCAUUGCAAGGUUUUGGGGGGGGUUGAUUGGGUGUUGUUGGCAGGACUAUGUGUUCUUGUCUGCUCUAUCAUCGCUGUGGCACGACCUGAACUCGUUCACCUUUCAGAAUACGCUAGCUUUAGCAGAUCAGCUGCUUGAUUUUUUGGUUCUGUGUGUGCGGCCGUUUACCAAUACAUCUUUGCAGCUUUGGUGUUGCCAUCUUUUCUAUGGAAAGUUUUGGGGUACUGUUUUCUAUAGCAUAGGUCCAGCUUUAUUUCUUUACUUUAUUCUAUCCUCCAAAUUUUGAUUCAUGUUUUUUGUUGUUGUUUGUUUGUUUGUUUGAAGCUGGGCCCCUGAGGGGGCCCCUGUCUAUUACUUGAACUCUUGCAUCACUCACCAUUGAAUGUCUUUUAAUAAUACAUAGAUACAUUUAUUAAAAAACACAGGAAAUCCCUUUUAUGGCAUGAGUGGAUUGAGUAUAAAACGUGUGAACAUUUACUCUUUAAGACUGGAACUCAUCUUGUGUGUUUUGUUGAAAGUAAAGGGGUUUAUUUAUGUUCACAGAGCUCAAAUAUGACUGAUUAUUGGAGUCCAAUAUAGCACACAACAUAUUUGAAAGUAUUAGAGUUAUUUACUAGACUGGUCACAAGCUUAUUUUAUGUUAGACAAUUCACGCCAUGUUCGUACAUGACAUUGAUUGAAGAAAAAAUGUUUUAAUCACCUUUUUUUUUUUCUAUUUGUAUUAGUGUUUUCCCAGGCAUCGAGACCAAAGAUUUAAGUUUGGUUUGUUUUAUUUUCUUGCAUAGUACUGGUUUUGAAGAGAUGCAUAAUCUUGUUCCCUUGUAUUUCAAUUGCCUUGCUUCCAUGCAGACUUAAUUUUGUGUCUUAGUUUUUGGUUUGCUAUCGCUACCCCUCGCUUGUCUGGUAAAAUAACAAUGUUUUUAUUACUGUCCAUAUAUUUAAGGGUUCACUGUGGAUUGGCUGGGGGUGCAUUUUUUGCCAUUUGAAAACGGAUGACAAUUUGUUUACUGAAAUUAAAUGUAGUUUUGUUAAGUCUCAAAGUGAACAGACUGGCCUAAAGCUGAUUCAUUUUUGCACUCACUAUUUGUAAAAAGUAUACUUUUUUUUGUGUGUGUGUGCCAUCAUAGUUUUUCCUUGUUGUUGUCUGUUAGGUCACUAAACCACCUCUAAAGUCACCAAAAUCAAGUGUUUCUAUGCCUCUUUUAUUUACAGAAUAGUCUUGCGUUCACAGACUCCAGCUGGAGUCAUUGUUGCUUUUUCUUUCUGUUUUGUAAAAUUCAUAUAAAGAAAAUAGACAACCCUAUACCAUAGAAAUGUAUGGGUUUUUUUGAGCAAAAAAAGUGAUUGUCAUUCUCUUCAGGGCAUAAAGCAGAGGGGUUUGUUGGCUUUCUUUGUUCCUAUACUAAAGAAAGCAAGAAAUAUUCUGUUUUUCUUUUUCCUUCCGGAAGUUUUCAGGGACUUGAAAAGCAUUGCAUUGGGAAAUCGUAUGAGAGACAUUUACUAGAGUGCUUUUUUGUAUUGGAGUGGGAAUGGGGGAAGCUCAGACAUUAGAACAAGCUGACAAAAUCAACAGUGCAUUGCUUCAAAAGCUCAGAGGGUUUAGACAUGAACCAAAACAACCUUAUUUGACUCAUAACUGCUUGAGUUUUCAGUUAGACUCGAUACAAAGCAGGUGUUAUGACUAGAAGAGCUGGCUAUGUUUUUUUUCUGGACUGUUAACUAGCACUGGCUAUUGCCCUCUUGUGCAGUUCUGCAAAGUUUUAUUUGCAGUCAGGUUUGAAUAUGUUGUGAUUCUCAUUGGGAGUCUUUUGUGUUCUUACCACAGCUGUCCCACCAUGAUAUCCAGCACAUUUCUUAUAAAAAAGAAAUAAAAGAUUUUCACAAAAAAAAAGAAAAGAAAAAAAAAAAAAAAACAAAGAAAAAAAAACACUCCUUCCCACUUUGACAUACGUAAAACCCAGCAUGCUUCUUUGAUACUCUUGACUGUUGUUUUGUGUAAAAAAACAAACAAAAGUAAAACAAAAAAAAAAGAUGUGGAACAAAAACUUAAUUGUCUGUUUAUGGUGUAGUCAAAUAUAAAUUUUAAUAUAGCUUAUGAGAAAAGACUGCUUUUUCAGCUGACAUAAGUUGGAGCCCUUUGUUGCAGUGACUAAAAGCAAAAUGAUGUUCACAAAACUGAGACAGAGGAGCUGAAGCAGUAGACAACAGCGUGUUCAGUACCGUUUGCACAACCUGUACCGACUCAGUAACGUAUAAACGCAUCUCAUCGAUACCUUUAAACUAAUAUGUUUUCUUUACGUCACACUCGGAUCGUCUUAUUGACCGAAUACACACUUUCUGCUGCAUAAAUCUAAAUAUUUCCUUAACACCAGCAGUGUUUUCAUCUCUGGACUUUUAUAGACACAGCUUGAGCAAUAAGCCAUGGGCCCUCGAUUUCCUAGUAACAUACUGCAAUGAAAAUAAACGUUGCUCCAGCUCCGGUUGAUAUAUCCUUCUGUCACAAGUGUUUCAUGUCUUAUUCAGACAAGUUAUGGCACAAAAGGACAUGAGACACUUAUCUAUUAUAGAUGUCAGAAAUCCUCUCUCUCAGUGUUUGAAUGUCAUUGUUGCUUCAGACUUAUCGGUAUUCUUCAGUUACGAUUUCCACCACAAAGCAUUUUCUUGUAUCUGUUUCAAUGGUUUGUAUUGGUUGUAGACUCUCCAUUUGUUAUGAGGUGAACUCAUGUAUAUACUCAAUGGAACUCCACAAUAUUCAGUUCUCUUGCAGAAUAAAGAAAAUAUUUUGUUCAAAA